AUGGGAAAAAAUAAAGGAGCAAGAAGAAUAAUUACUUUAGAAUGUGAAUGUAGAAAUCUUUCAAGUAAUAUGAAAAGAAAAGCUGGAAUUUUUCGCUACACAACUUCAAAAAAUAGAAGAAAUACACCUAAUCGCUUAGAAAUCAAGAAAUUUUGUCCAAAUUGUAAUAGACAUUCUAAUUUUAAAGAAAUUAAAUAA